AUUCAAGCAAACUUGUAGCCAUUCGUCACCUUCUCCCUUGUCCAUCAACACUUCUACGAUACGCUUUUGCUUCGCUGCCACUGAUCCGUCUAUCGUCAAGAGUGAGACCGGGUUUAGCGAAGCGCGGAAGGCGAGGAAGCGCCGCUUACAUAAGUCGCGGUGACGAAGCGGGGGCGGGCCUGAGCGUCAGCCCUAGUCGCCCGCUACUCCUUCCCUGCCACCUUUCGUCCCUAGCUGUCUGUUCCACAUCGCACCUCGCUCAUCUCGCCGACGAUGACAGAUCUGCUUCCCUCUGCCUCCAAGUCGGGUUUCGACUUUGGCUCCUACUCCCGCAACAACUUUCUGGGCCACAAGGGCUACCCAGUGCCCAAAGCCACCUCCACUGGUACUACGAUUGUGGGAUGCGUGUACAAGGACGGCGUAGUGCUGGGUGCUGAUACAAGAGCUACAGAGGGACCCAUCGUUGCUGACAAGAAUUGCGAGAAGAUUCACUACAUCUCUGACAACAUCAGGUGCUGUGGAGCUGGUACAGCUGCCGAUACCGAAUUCGUGACCGCCCUCAUCUCGAGCAACAUGCAGCUACACGAGCUACACACAGGGAGGAGACCGAGGGUAGUGACUGCAAUGACGAUGCUGAAGCAGCGGCUAUUCCAAUAUCAAGGACACAUCGGAGCUGCUCUAGUCCUUGGAGGCUACGAUGCAACAGGACCCAACUUGUUCACAGUCGCACCUCAUGGAUCGACUGACAAGCUACCCUACGUGACAAUGGGCUCCGGAAGUCUAGCAGCCAUGGCAGUCUUUGAGAGUGGUUGGGAGAAGGACAUGACUAGAGAACAAGCAAUCAACCUAGUAGUAGCAGCCAUCUCCUCUGGAAUCUUCAACGAUCUAGGCUCCGGUUCCAACGUCGACGUCUGUGUCAUCACAAAGGACCAGACGGAGAUGUUGCGCAAUUACGAGAAGCCCAACGAGCGUGGUCAAAAGGAAAAGUCAUACCUCUUCCCCAAGGGAGUGACUGGAUUCACAAAGGAAAUGAUCUACGAUAUGGUUGUGCAGGAGGAUGUGCUUGCUGUGGGUGGGGGACCCCCUACCACGGCAGAAGUGGUGCCUGCGACGGAGAAGAUGGACACUACGUGAUGGUACAACGGACAGAAGGGGUCGAAGGGAGUACCUUAACUCUUCUUGCGUAGAUGCAAUCAAAGACAUUGAGACAGAAAGUAUGA